AUGAGCAAAGCUAUUGGAAUUGAUCUUGGUACAACAUAUUCUUGUGUUGCCCAUUUCACCAAUGACCGUGUUGAAAUCAUUGCCAAUGACCAGGGUAACAGAACCACUCCCUCGUUUGUCGCCUUUACCGACACUGAACGUUUGAUUGGUGAUGCUGCUAAGAACCAAGCAGCAAUGAACCCUGAAAAUACCGUUUUCGACGCUAAGCGACUUAUUGGUCGCAAAUUCACUGACCCUGAAGUACAGACUGAUAUUAAGCACUUCCCUUUCAAGGUCAUUGACAAGGCUGGAAAGCCUGCCAUUGAAGUUCAGUUUAAGGGUGAGACCAAGGUUUUCCAACCUGAAGAAAUAUCUUCCAUGGUCUUGACCAAGAUGAAAGAGACUGCUGAGAGUUAUCUUGGAACUAAGGUCUCAGAUGCAGUCAUUACUGUCCCUGCUUACUUUAAUGACUCCCAAAGACAGGCCACCAAGGAUGCUGGUCUCAUUGCUGGUAUCAAUGUUCUUCGUAUCAUUAACGAACCUACAGCUGCUGCUAUUGCUUACGGUCUCGACAAGGGUCACACUGACGAACGUAACGUUUUGAUUUUCGAUCUUGGUGGUGGUACUUUUGAUGUUUCCCUUCUUACCAUUGAAGGUGGCAUUUUCGAAGUCAAGGCCACUGCUGGUGACACCCACUUGGGUGGUGAGGACUUUGAUAACAGACUUGUCAAUCACUUCAUUGCUGAGUUCAAGCGCAAAAACAAAAAGGAUCUUUCUACAAACCAGCGUGCCCUCAGACGUCUGAGAACUGCUUGUGAGAGAGCCAAGAGAACUCUUUCUUCUUCUGCCCAGACUACUAUUGAGAUUGACUCUCUUUAUGAAGGCAUUGACUUUUACACUUCAAUUACCCGUGCCAGAUUUGAGGAACUCUGUCAGGAUCUAUUCAGAUCUACCAUUGAUCCUGUGGAAAAGGUUUUGAGAGACUCCAAGAUUGACAAGAGUCAGGUUCACGAUAUUGUCCUUGUUGGUGGUUCCACCCGUAUCCCCAAGGUCCAGAAGCUUGUUUCUGACUUCUUCAAUGGCAAGGAGCCUUCCAAGUCAAUUAACCCUGAUGAAGCUGUCGCUUAUGGUGCUGCUGUUCAGGCUGCUAUUCUUUCUGGUGACACUUCUUCAUCCAAGACACAGGAUCUCUUGCUUCUUGACGUCGCCCCCCUCUCCCUUGGUAUUGAGACUGCUGGCGGUGUCAUGACCAAGUUGAUCCCCCGCAAUUCCACCAUUCCCACCAAGAAGUCCGAAACCUUUUCUACGUAUGCUGACAACCAGCCUGGUGUUUUGAUUCAGGUCUACGAAGGUGAGCGUGCCAAGACUAAGGAUAAUAACCUUCUUGGUAAGUUUGAACUUUCUGGUAUUCCUCCUGCUCCUCGUGGUGUCCCCCAAAUUGAAGUUACCUUUGACAUUGAUGCUAAUGGUAUCUUGAAUGUUUCUGCAGUUGAGAAGGGCACUGGUAAGAGCAGCAAGAUUACAAUUACCAAUGACAAGGGUCGUUUGUCUAAGGAAGACAUUGAGCGUAUGGUUUCUGAAGCCGAAAAGUACAAGGAUGAGGAUGACAAAGAGGCUGCUCGCAUUGCUGCCAAGAACGGUCUUGAAUCUUAUGCUUAUUCUUUGAAGAAUACCAUUUCUGAACAGAAGUUCAAAGAGAAGGUUUCUGAUACUGACUUUGAGAAGCUUGAGAAAGAGAUUAACGAGGUUAUCGAGUGGAUUGACAGCAAUCAGACUGCUACCACCGAAGAGUUUUCUGAUAAACAGAAGGAGCUCGAGAGUGUUUCUAACCCCAUCAUGACUGCCUUCUACCAGGGCGGUGGUGCUCCUGGUGGAGGAGUUCCAGGUGGCUUCCCUGGUGCUGGAGCUUCUGCCGGAGCUUCUGGUGGAGCUUCUACUGGUGGUAGCAGCGGUCCCACAGUUGAAGAAGUUGACUAA